AUGGGUAUGCAGUGCGACGAGUUACUGAGCGGCCUCCAGCGGCGGGCAGGUGGCCACGCACCGUCUCAGUCCGCCCCGCAGGGCGAGUCGAAACCGAAGAAGGAGAAGGUGGAGAAGGUGGCGAAGGAGAAGCCGACCUGGGGCGAGCCAGGUGCCAAGAAAGCCAAGGAAGCCAAGGCGAAGGCGAAGCCCGCCGUGGAAGAGCCCAUCGUAGUGACGCCGCACGGCGACAAGAAGGACAUGAGCCUGCCGAUGGCAGCAGCCUACAACCCAAAAGCCGUGGAGUCCGCUUGGAGUGCCUGGUGGGAGAAGAGGCAUUUCUUCACUCCUGAUCCCAAGGCCAGCCAGGGAGCUUGCGAGUCCAAGCGCUUCAUCAUGGUGAUCCCACCUCCGAAUGUGACUGGGAAGCUCCACCUGGGACACACGCUGACGGGUGCCAUUGAGGAUGCCCUGACUCGGUGGCACCGGAUGUGCGGCAAUGUCGCCCUCUACGUGCCCGGCGUGGACCACGCCGGCAUCGCCACGCAGAGCGUGGUGGAGCGCCGCCUCCUCAAGGAGGAGAAGAAGACCCGGCACGACCUCGGUCGCGAGGAAUUCCUCAAACGCGUGUGGGCUUGGAAGGAGAUGAAUGCAGGGCACAUCAAGAAGCAGCUGCAAAGAAUCGCCUCCUCAGUGGACUGGACGCGAGAGAGGUUCACCAUGGACGACCGCUGCGCCCGCGCGGUGGAAGAGGCCUUUAUCCGCUUCCACGACCGGGGGCUCAUCUACCGGGACAAUCGGCUCGUGAACUGGUGUCCCCACCUCCGGACGGCCCUCUCGGACCUCGAAGUGGAUCACGAAGACAUCACUGGAAAGACUUUGGUGGACGUACCCGGCCUCAAGGACAAGGUGGAGGUGGGCGUGCUCUGUGAGUUCAAGUACAUGGUGAAGGGCACGAAGGAGGCCUUGACGGUGGCCACCACCCGUCUGGAGACGAUGCUCGGCGACACGGCCGUGGCCGUGCACCCCGAAGAUGAUCGGUACAAGGCAUUCCACGGCAAAGAGCUCGAGCAUCCGUUCUUCCCAGAUCGCAAAAUGGUGGUGAUCGCAGACACCAUGGUGGACCGGGAGUUCGGCACUGGAUGCGUGAAGAUCACGCCGGCUCAUGACAACAACGACUUUAAGGCGGGCGUGCGACACAAGCUGCAACAGAUCAAUGUGUUCACAGAGGACGGAAGGAUCAACGAGAACGGCGGCGAGUUCAAGGGCCAACACCGCUUCGAGGCUCGACGCACUGUGGAGGAGGCUCUGAAGAAGAAGGACCUGUGGGUGGGGAAGAAGGGCCACUCCAUGCGUUUGGGCUUCUGCUCCCGAUCGAAAGACAUCAUCGAGCCGUACUUGAAGCCGCAGUGGUGGAUGAACUGCCAGGAUCUCGCAGAUCGGAGUGUGAAGGCCUUGAGAGAAGGUGAACUCAAGAUUCUGCCGGAAUUCCACCACCAGACGUGGUAUCACUGGCUGGAGAACAUCCAGGAGUGGUGCAUUUCAAGGCAGCUCUGGUGGGGCCACCGCAUCCCCGCCUACAAGGUGGUGAAGCCAGCGCAGGCGGAGGAGAAAUGGUUCACGGGCCGCAGCGCCCAAGAAGCUGCAGCCAAGGCCGAGAAGGCUCUUGGCACCAAGGUGGAAGUGGAGCAGGACGAGGAUGUGUUGGACACUUGGUUUUCUUCAGGUCUCUUCCCCUUCUCCGUCUUUGGCUGGCCUGACACCGAGAACAACGAGGACUUCAAGGCUUUCUUCCCGACCUCGCUGUUGGAGACUGGCCACGACAUCCUCUUCUUCUGGGUAGCAAGUCAGUGCGACAAGUUCCUGAGCAAGAAAGACGUGGCAAUCCUGGCAGACAACGGGGUCAGCACUCACACCAGGGCGGAUAUUGUCGCGGCCAAGAUGAUAAAGAUCCUGCGGCUGUGGUUUGGAAUGAUUUUCGUUGGCCACAUCCCCAUGAGCUUGGUUGAUUACGAAUGGAAUUGGUCUGGCAAAGAGAACGUCAUUUGCGUGUUGACCAGCAAUGAUCCCAUUGUGCACGUCAGCGGCAACGUCGUUAGCAAACUGGAAACGAGUAAUGCCAACCAAACGAAUCGCUUGCCGUGCUUGAUCCCGAAGAUCAUUUCGGAACAACAUUGCUUGCAGGGGGUUUGCGUCUUCGACAUUGUGCUGCUUUGCAAUGUGGUGGGCGUGUACAUCGGUGUGCGAGACUGGUGUGACUUGCGCAUGGCUUCCUUGGACUGGACGAUCUUCCGCCUCAGCGGCAUGUGGGCCGCAGGCUUUACAGUGAUCGAUGGCAUCAGUCUCGAAGACCUGCACCAGAAGCUGUACGAAGGGAAUCUCCCCGACAAGGAGAUCGAGAAGGCGAAGAAAGGCCAGAAGGAUGAUUACCCUGAUGGCAUCCCAGAGUGUGGGGCCGAUGCCCUUCGUUUCGGCCUGUUGGCCUACACUCUGCAGGGUCGAAAUGUGAACUUGGACAUCAACCGCGUGGUGGGCUACAGGCACUUCUGCAACAAGGUCUGGAACGCCACGCGGUUCGGCUUGAUGUACUUCGGCAGUGACUUCAGCUUCCCGGGCUCGCUGAAGCCGGAUCAGUCCUUGGCCUGGGAGGAUCGAUGGAUUCUCUCAAGGCUCUCCUUCUGCGCCCAAAAGGCAAACGACGGCAUGACGAAGUAUGAGUUUGCAAAUGUGACCACCGCGACAUACAGCUUCUUCCUGUACGAGCUGUGCGACGUGUAUCUGGAACUGCUGAAACCCCGAUUCUACGGGGAGACUCAAGACGAGAGCAUUUUGAAGGACCGUCAGGUGGCCAGGGAGGUUUUGUACGUGUGCCUGGAUUGGUCCAUGCGGCUGAUGCACCCUCUGCUUCCGUACCUGACGGAGGAGCUCUACCAAAGGCUGCCCCCUUCGCCCAUAAAGUGUGAAAGCGUGACGAUUGCACCGUACCCUGUGCACGUGAUCGCCUGGCAAAACGAAGCCCUUGAGAAGGAGAUGGAGGUGACCAGCGAGAUCGCAAAGCAGUUCCGGUCACAGAAGACUUCCUUGGGCUUUUCGCCUGGCGCGCGUCCAGAGGCGUACAUCAGACAUUCCGAGCCCGAUCUGCGGGAGAUGGUAGAGAAACUCAAGAGCCAGAUUUCACGCAUGGCUGGCGUUGGUGCCAUUACGGUGCUGAAGGAGGCCGACGCCGACCCCAGCCAGACCAUGCGGGAUGUGGUGAAUGAGAAAUGCCUCAUCUACACCAAGGUGGAGGGGCUGGAUCUUAAAGGCGAGAAGGCGAAGCUGGAAAAGAAGGUCUCCUCCGCUGAGAAGAUGGUGGAGUCCUACAAGCAGAAGAUGGCUGUGCCGGGCUACGAGGAAAAGGUGCCCGAGAAGGUGAGGGAGACCAACACCCAGAAGCUUCAGGCCGCGGAGAAGGAGCUGCAAGAGCUGCUGACAGCCUUGCAAAGCAUCAACUCGGCGAUGGGAUCCAGCUAA